GUGAGUGUGCGGAGUCGUCCAUAUGUCUAGAUAUGCAGUCGACGUUUGAAGCCUGCUGGCAUCUAAAAAGAAAUAUAUCCACUCAAUCAGAUAUCGCCUGACUGACCCGCCUUUCAAUAUAGUUCAGUCUCUAUAUUUGUUGGUUGCUGCUGCGUGCACACGUAUGUUUAUUCACUGGCUUCCAAGAAGGUUUUAGAGGGUUUUGCUGUGACGGUCUGAAAGUAAUACUAAUAAGGCUAUCUGCGGAUUGCUGCGUGCAAAUUUUUACUUUUUCCCUGUCUGUAGUAGGAGGGGCUCAGUGUAAUAUGAUCAGGCGAGCUAUUAUAGAUGCUAUUAUAAUUCCAAUGCGUUCAGAGGAUGUGACAAAACCGCGUUUUUUGAGCGAUUGGGAUGAGGGAGUUGUCGAUUUAUUAUUUCUAUAAUUUCUAUCGUCUAUCGAUAUCUUAGCUCUUUUGCAUGACUAGUGUCGUCUGCUUUUUUAUUGUCUACACGUUUCGAAAACGAAACGAUGUUUAACAAUAUAAAGAAACGGAACGAUCAAUUUUUGAAAACGUACGUGUCUGAACGAGAAAUUGCACAAUUAAUAAAAUUACUGAAGUCAUCGUGUUAAUCUGUCGGUUGUCUCGGUGUGAACUUGGUGGCUCUCCAUGCUUUCCAGUAUCCCAUGGUGGUUGACGCGGAUUUGAGGCCUGAGCCAACAGCCAACCAUCAUAACAAUAUGUAUGCAAGUUUUGCUUUUGCUGGUGUUGACCUGUCAUCGGCAACAAUCUUAGUCUCAUCAUCAUUUGGAUAAAUAGCAUUCCCCGUUUGGUUGGAGAAACUACCGAUCUCGAUCAAGUGACAUCUUUCUUCUUUUUUCCUUUCUUUAAAUCCUCUUUGUUCUCGUGUACACCCAUGUGAGUGUGGGUGUAUUCACGAGGACGUCACCCUUUUGUUGAUCCUGCCUGGCGUAUUCAACUUUACUACGCGGAUGAAGCACUUGUGUGGAUGCCUGGCCAUAUUUCCCAGACUUAAAGAAGAGGAUCAUCAGCACCAGCAAUUGCGGAAACUUGACUGUUCACAUUCAGAUGCCGAAUUCUGCAAGUUUCUCGAUCAUCCGUCGAUGCUUGACGUCAAGGAGCGGUCCGUCUUCGUUCAUGUCGACUUACCAGGCCAAGAAGAUUAUGCGCUAGAUCUGCCUGAAGAUUUCCUGUUUCCGGAUAUGAGGACCAUCGGCCAUGGAUUGAUGGAAGUAAUCGACGCGCUAUCCAUCCCUUACGUCAUCGGUUUGGGCGAAGGAGCCGGUGCCAAUAUUUUGGCUCGAUUUGGAAUGGAUUAUCCCCAACGCAGUCUCGGAUUGAUCCUGAUCCAUUGCACGUCAACCGUGGCCGGCGUCAUGGAAUAUUUUCGUGAUAAGUUGAUCAACUGGAAGCUGUCGAACGUCGGAAUGAAUCCAACGGCGGAGCAGUAUUUGGUUUUUCACAAAUUCGGCCGCUCGUUGGAAGAGCAACUGGAACGGUCGGAGAACAAAGAGAAGGUGAUCAACGAGUACCAACACAAGUUGCGCAGCACCAUCAAUCCCAAGAAUCUCCGUCGCUAUGUGGAGACCUUUCUCAAUCGGACGGAUUUGAGCGAAGUGCUCGAGUCGCAACUCAAGACUGAUGUGAUGCUCGUAGCCGGAAGUCUGGCAUCUCACUUGCACACAGUACGCACUAUGGCCAACCACUUGAACAAGACGAAAUCGACGCUCGUCCUGAUCGAUGGAGUAGGUGACGUUCUCAACGAAGCUCCGGAAAAGUUUGCGCACAAUUUGGUUCUCUACGUUCAAGGGCUUGGAAAGCUGAGCUCCCUUCCAGUGACUGGAAGUUGGAACGCGCGUAGCCGUACCACAUCGCAAAGUUCGGACGCCCAAGAUGCGGAAGCCGGUCGCAAUCGAUCCCGCGCCAUGUCCAUGGAAGAGUACGACAUCCCCAACGUACGGCGCUUGAGUCUGGCCAAAAAGGAUUGACGACUGCAAUCAGCAGCCGUAUAAAUAUUGCGAUAUCUCAUUGAAGUUUACAAUUAUAUAGUUAUGUUUGUUAGCUUUAGUUUAGAAGGGGGAAAAGUCAUCAAUGUUCUCUGUUGAUUUAUUAAGAAUAUAUAUUUAGCUCUUGAGUGUGCACCUAGUUAAUUGAAAUGCUUUUUUUAUCUUCGUUCUUCUUAUGGGAUAUUAUGUUAUGUUUCAGUCAGUGUAGGAUUUUGUUUUGCUCCCAAUUUUGUUCCUGAUUGUCACAUAACCUCGUUCAAAAGGAUUUGUCUUUGUUUCAUUCGAUUCGGUCUUUUUCUCUCCCACAAAGCAAACAAUUUCUUGUAGCGGUUCAGAUGCCGUAAAGAUUCAGAAAAUAAAUCAAUUGAUUUCCUUA